CAAGGUUCUAUUGAGAAGCAUUUCUUCAUUUGCUUUGGUUAUUUUUUGACAUGAAAUUGUUUUGUUAUGAUAUGUUAAUAUAAUAAAUAAAAGUAGUAUUACUCUCCAAAAUUUUCUUUCAUUCUUUGACUUGGCACACUUAUUAAAAAUGGAAGAAACAAUAUCGACCACACAACUCUUUCUUUUAAAGAAAGCGGGAAGAAUAUUUUGGGUCAAUCAAUACAGAAGAUGAGAAGAAAAUAAUGGGGCAGUAUAUUUCGGACAAAUGGUUGAUAAUGUUGGCGUGUGGAAUUUUCAGCAUUUGCGAGAGGCUCUAGGUCCUUUGUCUAAGGAAAAAGACAAAUUGCACGAUGAGUACAAUGAUUUGAAAUCAAAAGUCGAUAACGAGCAUUACAAGCAGUCGCAAGUUUGUUCAAACUUUGAACAUGAAAUAAAGGCACUGGACGUGGUGAUUAUUAAAAUAGAAGACUACUAUACUCAAAAGAAAGGUGAGAGGUUGAAGGAGCUGCGGGAAAAGCAAAAUCUCUCUGAAUCUCAACUUCAAAACUGCGAGUCCAAAUUGCAGGAAAUAUCAGAAGAACUGACCAAAAGCAAUGAGUUGAUGAUGAAUCAGGACCCGUUGAGACGCAACAUUGAGGAUAACUUGAAUUAUAGGAAAACAAAGGCUGAUGUUUCUAGACUUAAAGGUGAAAUUGAAUUGUUGGAAAAUGAAGUGAAGAAUCUUGGUGGUUUUUCCAAGGUCCAGGCUGAGAAUGUAAGGCUUUCGAAAGAGCGAGAGAGCCUUCUUUCAGAGUUAAACAAAUGCCAUGGUACUCUCUCUGUUUAUGUGAGGAAUUUAACCAAAUACGAAAAUGAUCUUAAACAAGCACAAUACAAAGAUAUAGACAACCGUUAUUUUGAUCAGAUGAUCCAGCUAAAGACAACUGAGAUGGCAAACAAGGAUCUGGAUAGAUACUACAAUGCCCUUGAUAAGGCCCUCAUGCGAUUUCACACAAUGAAGAUGGAAGAGAUAAAUAAAAUUAUUCGUGAGCUGUGGCAGCAGACUUACAGGGGACAGGAUAUAGAUUACAUAAGAAUUCAUUCGGAUUCUGAAGUUUCUGGCACUCGAUCUUAUAGCUACAAGUUAUUGAUGCAAACUGGAGAAACAGAACUUGAAAUGCGAGGGAGGUGUAGUGCUGGCCAAAAGGUGCUUGCAUCACUUAUAAUACGGUUGGCAUUAGCUGAAACUUUUUGCUUACACUGUGGGAUACUGGCACUUGAUGAACCUACAACAAACCUAGAUGGCCCCAACUCUGAAAGUCUUGCUGCAGCACUUGUAAGGAUCAUGGAGGACAGGAAGGGACAGGAGAAUUUUCAAUUGAUUGUGAUCACCCAUGAUGAGCGGUUUGCACAACUCAUUGGUCAACGGCAGCAUGCAGAGAAGUACUAUCGCAUCACUAAGGAUGACCAGCAGCACAGCAUAAUUGAAGCGCAGGCAAUAUUUGAGUAGAACAUCUGCAACAAUUUAACCAGAGGUAAGAAUAAUCUGCUGCUUGAUGUAUACAUGAAAUUGCAAGCAAACAGUGUCCUGUUUAUGAGGCUGCCUGUUUAAAUUUUUUUGCUGAAAGAAGACUCAAGUAACUUUCCUAGUCUGACUUGAUAGUUUAUUUAAAUAUUUGUUCUCUAUUUUAUUUCCAAUUUUGCCUUAGUUGUUGAGUAAUGGUAGUGGUGUGGUGUGUGAUAAAAUCAUCGAAAGGUUAUACGUAUAGUAAAUGUACUCCCUCCGU